UCAGCGAUCUCAUCGCUUCCGACUUUGAGUUAAGUCCUCCCCUCACAAAUUAUCGAUAUAACGGAUUACAGCACUAAUUUUACUUGAUUUAGAAAUCCCAGAGCUACCAUGGCUCGAGAAUAUGAUCAUUUAUUUAAACUCUUAAUUAUAGGUGAUAGUGGUGUUGGAAAAAGCAGUUUACUGUUACGAUUUGCUGAUAAUGUAUUCUCAGGAACUUACAUCACAACAAUAGGAGUAGAUUUUAAAAUCCGAACCAUUGAGGUCAAUGGAGAACGGGUCAAGCUACAAAUAUGGGAUACUGCUGGUCAGGAGCGGUUUAGAACAAUUACAUCCACGUAUUACAGAGGUACACAUGGUGUGCUAGUUGUGUAUGAUGUAACCAGCGGAGAGUCAUUUGCUAAUGUCCAGAGGUGGCUGCAUGAGAUAGACCAGAACUGUGAUGUGGUCAAUAGAGUUUUAGUGGGCAACAAAGAUGAUGACCCAGACAGGAAGGUCGUGCUAACCCAAGAUGCCCAGAGAUUUGCCGAGCGCAUGCAGAUUCAGCUGUUUGAGACCAGCGCCAAAGACAACAAAAAUGUAGAAGAGAUGUUUAUGGCAAUUACUAAGUUAGUUCUGGAGUCGAAGCGCAAGAUGCAGGAAGAAGCGAGGAAACCACCAGCCCAGACAAUACGUGUGGGGCCUGGGGCUGCCAAGCAAGCUAAGAAAAAGUGCUGUGUUAGGCCCAGAGUGAGUUAUUUUACUAAUCGCUUUCAAUCCUUCUCAUCUCUUACAUUUAAGUUUUUACCAAUGGCGCAGAUGGACGAUAUACCCACUUUUAAGUUGGUUCUUGUUGGAGACGGUGGUGUGGGUAAGACUACAUUUGUCAAGCGUCACAAGACUGGAGAGUUUGAAAAGAAAUAUGUUGCUACUUUGGGAGUUGAGGUCCACCCUUUAGUUUUUCACACAAGUAGAGGGCCCAUAAAGUUCAAUGUUUGGGACACUGCUGGUCAAGAAAAAUUUGGAGGCCUUCGAGAUGGUUAUUACAUUCAAGGUCAGUGUGCCAUUAUCAUGUUUGAUGUCACAUCUCGCGUCACAUACAAAAAUGUUCCCAACUGGCACAGAGACUUGGUCAGAGUCUGUGAAAACAUACCUAUUGUGCUCUGUGGUAACAAAGUGGAUAUUAAAGACAGGAAAGUCAAAGCCAAAACAAUCGUUUUCCAUAGGAAGAAGAACUUGCAGUACUAUGACAUCAGUGCAAAGAGUAAUUACAACUUUGAGAAACCCUUCUUGUGGUUGGCAAGGAAAUUGGUAGGAGACCCCAAUCUGGAGUUUGUUGAAAUGCCUGCUCUCAUCCCACCAGAAGUCCAGAUGGAUGCUGCUCUUGCUCGUAAAUAUGAAGAUGAAUUGAGGGUGGCACAAGAAACAGCCCUGCCUGAUGAUGAAGAAGAUCUUUAAACAAACUUGUUGCCUGUUUAUACGGUUAGGAUUGCCCACUGUUUUAAGUUGCAACUCUGUUGACUGGCCGAUUUAUUUCAGUUUAUUCCUGGGAGAUUUAUAGUACUAUUGCACUUGGAAUGUUGUAUAGAAUUGACUGUUUUUAAGACUCAAGUAAAUUAAACACAGGAAUAUUGA